CCUCCCUUCAAAAAGAGUUUUUUUAAAGAUUUUUAUCAUCCCGCGAUAUAUUAUACCACCAAGCCAUUCUUUUGUACUCUCAUCUUUUGCAAUGAGUUCAAUUUGCAUUUCCUGCAUGAGUCUUCCUUUUAGUCCGACUUCUCAUCAUAGAAGGAUAAGAAAUUAUAUGGGAGGAUUUCAAAAACAAUAUUCUACAACACAACCCACAACCAUGGCUGUAACUACUAAUGCACCCACUGUUAGACGAUCCGCAAACUACCCCCCUUCGCUAUGGUCUUAUGAGUAUCUCCAGUCACUGACUAACAACUAUGUGGGUGAAGAAUAUGAGACAAGGUCUCUUAGUUUGAAGGAAGAGGUGAAGAUGAUGAUUUCUGAAGAUGCUGCAGUGCAGGACCCUUUGAGUACACUUAAAUUCAUUGAUGAUCUGCAGAGGCUUGGAGUAUCUUAUCACUUUGAGUAUAAAAUCAGUAGUGUUUUGAAGAUGCUAUACCAUUGCUACUUUGACUCUCAAGAGAAGUGGAACAAAUCUGAUUUGAACCUUAAAGCCCUUGGCUUUAGACUAUUGAGACAACACGGCUAUCUUAUCCCUCAAGAAAUAUUUGAGGACAUUAGGGAUGAGACCGGAAAUAUCAAGGCCCAGUUACGAGAGGACAUUGUCGGAAUGCUUAACUUGUAUGAGGCUUCCUUUCUUGCUGUCGAGGAUGAAAGUAUAUUGGAUGAAGCCAGAGAGCUUACUCGCCAAUGCCUGAAAGAGAUGCUAGAGAAGAAUAGCAUAGGUAACGAUCAAUGUCUGGCGAUGUUAAUAAGCCACGCCUUGGAGCUUCCAUUGCUUUGGAGGCCUCAAAGAUUUGAGGCAAUAUGGUUUAUAGAAGCAUACAAGAGGAGAAGCGACAAGAAUUCGUUGUUGUUAGAGCUUGCUGAAUUGGAUUUCAACGUGUUGCAAGGGAUACACCAAGAAGAGCUAAAGUACUCAUCAAGGUGGUGGAAAAAUCUAGGUUGGGACAAGAAGUUCAGCUUUGCUCGAGACAGGUUGGUGGAGAGUUUUAUGUGGGCUGUUGGUGCAAGUUACGAACCACCACAUGGUGUUCUAAGGAGAAACAUCACAAAGCUUAUUUCUCUAGUAAAUGUCAUAGACGAUGUUUAUGAUGUGUAUGGUACUUUGGAUGAACUUAAACAGUUCUCGAGCGCUGUGAAAAGAUGGGACAUCAAUGCCAUCGAAGAACUUCCUGAUUACAUGAAGAUAUGUUUCCUUGGAUUCUACAAUACCAUCAAUGAAAUGGCAUACAGCACCCUGAUCAACCAGGAACUCCUUGUUAUACCGAUUGUGAAAAAAGCAUGGGCAGAUUACUGUGAUGCGAACAACGUGGAGGCAGAAUGGUUCAACAGUGGAUAUAUCCCAACACUUGAAGACGAUAUUAGCGGAGAAGCCAUGCAGAACGUAGUGCACUGCUCAUCAAUGAUUCUACGUCUUGCUGAUGACUUGGGAACAUCAUCGGCCGAGCGUGAAAGAGGUGAUAUUCCAAAAUCAAUCCAGUGCUACAUGCAUGAAACCGGUGCUACUGAAGAGAAUGCUAGGGAAUAUAUAAAGAAGUUAAUCAUGCAGACAUGGAAGAAACUAAACAAAGAAAGAAUGUCUGUUAAAUAUCCCAAAUCUCGAAUUUUCAUAGAAUGUGCAACAAACCUUGGUAGGAUGGGCCAAUUUACAUACCAGCAUGCGUCGGAUGCAUUUGGUUCGCCAGAUGAUUGGUAUAAAUCUCAUGAAAUAUCUUUACUUUUUGAUCCUAAAUCCCAGAGGAUUAUUAGAUAACCUUCUGAUCAAGGUGGCAGGUGACCCUAAUGAAUAUGAUUAUAUGACGCGGUUCCAUUUUCUCUUUCUGGCUAAUAUAAUUUAUAAAGCCAUAUUUUUCAUCUUUGUGAGUCUUCUAUUUUUAUUUAUCAAUUUUAUCAUGUUAUA